UCUAAUAAAGUUUCUCUCUCUUCUACUCCGGCUAGAGUAGGGCUUCUCUGACGUUGUCACUCCUCCCAUAUUCAUUCCUCAACGGCGCAGGUUAAUCGCCGCCGUCCAUCCGAUCUUCCGCUUACCAAAGGGUUGGAGUUGGAGAGGAGUUUCUAGGGUUUUAAUUUUUGAUCAAUUACUGCGAGAUCUGUUGAUUGGAUUUGGUACGGCAAUUUAACGUGAAAAUAAAAUUAGGGUUAGGGUUUUGAUGCGUUGGCGGAGAUUGGGAUCCGCCGCGAGGAGAAGAGUUCGGGUGGGAUUGUGCGAUGGCCAAUCAUGGAGUCGGGAGCAAGUUUGUGUCAGUGAAUUUAAACAAAUCAUAUGGUCAGCCUCCUCAUCCACCUCAUCAGAGCUCUUAUGGAUCCAACAGAACUCGAACUGGUAGUCAUGGUGGUGGCGGAGGGAUGGUGGUGCUAUCGAGGUCUCGGAAUAUGCAGAAGAUUGGGCCGAAGCUUUCUGUUCCACCCCCCUUGAAUCUGCCUUCUCUGAGGAAGGAGCAUGAGCGGUUCGAUUCUUCAGGUUUGGGUAGUGGGCAAUCGGGUGGCAGCGGUUCAGGUAAUGGGUCUAGACCCACUUCUUCUGGAAUGGGAUGGACAAAACCGGGGACUGUUGCCCUGCAAGAGAAAGAUGGGGGAGGUGAUCAUCACUUAUUUGGCAGAUCAGGAAGUGAAGCUCAGGCAGUUGACAAUGUGGACCAGGGUCUGCAUAGUGUAGAUGGGGCGACUAGGGGGAGUGGUGUUUAUAUGCCUCCUUCUGCUCGAUCAGGCACACUGGUGCCCCCAAUAUCUGCUGCAUCUCGAGCUUUUCCGUCUGUGGAGAAAGCUGUGGUUCUGAGGGGUGAGGAUUUUCCUUCAUUGCAGGCCGCUUUGCCUACCACAUCUGGACCUGCACAGAAGCCAAAGGAUGGUCAAAAUCAGAAACAGAAGCAUGUUCUGAGUGAGGAGUUAUCUAAUGAGCAGAGGGAAAGUGACCAUUUAAGCUUGCUUGUUGACAUGCGCCCUCAGGUGCAACCUUCUCAUCAUAAUGAUGGCAAUAGGUUGAAAGAGAAUCAUGAAGGUCAUGGCUUGGGCAGUUCCUGCAAAACUGAGCUAACUAGGAAGCAGGAUGAUUACUUUCCUGGUCCAUUACCUCUAGUUCGUUUGAACCCGAGAUCUGAUUGGGCUGAUGAUGAACGUGAUACAGGUCAUGGAUUCACAGAGCGGGCUAGAGAUCAUGGCUUUUCUAAAACUGAAGCCUAUUGGGAUAGAGACUUUGAUAUGCCCAGGAGUGGUGUUUUACCACACAAACCAGCUCAUAAUGUUUUUGACAGAUGGGGUCAGCGUGACAAUGAAGCUGGAAAGGUUUAUUCCAGUGAAGUCCCUAAAUUGGACCCUUAUGGCAGAGAUGUAAGAACUCCCAGUAGGGAUGGUUAUGUAAGAACUCCAAGUAGAGAUGGUUAUGAAGGAAACUCUUGGAGAACUUCUUCCCCACUUCCAAAAGACGGAUUUAGCUCCCAAGAAGUUGGAAAUGACAGGGGUGGCUUUGGUGCAAGACCAUCUAGUAUGAACCGAGAAACAAGCAAAGAGAAUAACAAGUAUGCGCCAUCACCACUGCUAGAAAAUAGUCGAGAUGAUUUUAGUGUAGUCUCUGCAAAUCGAGACUCUGCAUUGGGAAGGAGGGAUAUGGGGUAUGGACAAGGUGGAAAACAGCACUGGAACCAUAAUAUGGAAUCAUUUAGUAGUCGAGGUGCAGAACGGAAUAUGCGUGAUCGGCAUGGCAAUGAACACAACAAUAGAUAUAGAGGUGAUGCUUUCCAGAAUAGCUCUAUAUCAAAGUCUUCAUUCUCUCUGGGUGGUAAGAGUCUUCAUAUGAAUGACCCAAUACUCAAUUUUGGAAGGGAGAAGCGUUCAUUUGUGAAGAAUGAAAAACCUUAUUUGGAGGACCCUUUCCUGAAGGAUUAUGGUUCUACUGGUUUUGAUGGGCGGGAUCCCUUUUCUGGGGGUCUUGUUGGGUUAGUUAAGCGGAAGAAAGAAGUGGCUAAACCGACUGAUUUCCAUGACCCUGUUAGGGAAUCUUUUGAGGCUGAACUUGAGAGAGUUCAAAAGAUGCAAGAAAUGGAGCGGCAGAAGAUCAUUGAAGAACAAGAAAGAGCUAUGGAGCUUGCUCGCAGAGAAGAAGAGGAGCGGGCACGUUUGGCUAGGGAGCAGGAAGAGCAGCAGAGGAAACUGGAGGAAGAAGCCAGACAAGCUGCUUGGAGAGCAGAACAGGACCGAGUAGAAGCUGUACGCCGAGCUGAAGAGCAAAAGAUAGCUAGAGAAGAGGAGAAAAGGAGAAUUCUUGUGGAGGAAGAGAGGAGAAAACAGGCAGCUAAGCAAAAACUUAUGGAAUUGGAGGCAAAGAUUGCUAGAAGACAGGCUGAAAUGUCAAAAGAGGACAAUUUUUCUGCUGCCAUUGCUGAUGAAAAAAUGUUAGUGGGGAUGAAAGGAACAAAGGCAGAUCUUGGUGAUUGGGAUGAUGGAGAGAGAUUGGUGGAGAGAAUCACAACUUCAGCAUCCUCAGAUUCUUCUAGUCUUGGUAGAUCAUUCAAUGUGGGGUCUAGGCCUAUCUCUUCUAGAGAGAUUUCUUCUCCUAUUUUGGACAGAGGCAAAUCUAUUAAUUCAUGGAGAAGGGAUGCAGUUGAGAAUGGAAAUAGUUCAGCCUUCCUCCCACAAGACCAGGAGAAUGGUCACCAGAGUCCCAGACCUGAUGCAUCUGCUGGUGGUAGAGGAUAUUCUAGGAAAGAGUUCUAUGGAGGAGGUGGGUUCAUGUCAUCAAGAAGUUAUUAUAAAGGUGGGAUGACAGAUCAUCAAGUAGAUGAUUAUACACAUGCAAAAGGGCAUAGGUGGAACCUCUCUGGGGAUGGAGACCAUUAUGGCAGAAACGUAGAGAUUGAUUCGGAAUUUCAUGAUAAUAUUGGAGAAAAGUUUGGUGAUGUUGGAUGGGGGCAGGGUCCUUCUCGUGGCCAUCUUCAUCCUCCUUACUUAGAACGGAUGUAUCAAAACUCUGAUUCAGAUGAACUUUAUUCCUUUGGUAGGUCGCGCUAUUCCAUGAGACAGCCUCGUGUUCUCCCCCCUCCAUCACUAGCCUCCAUGCACAAAAUGUCCUACAGAGGUGAAAAUGAACGCCCUGGUCCUUCUACUUUCCCAGAUAGUGAAAUGCAGUACGAUGCGAGAAAUGAACCUACUAUGCAGACAGGAUAUGAUAAUAGUGCUCACCAGGAGAAGCAUGAACAAUCUGAAAUAAUUGAUAUCCAGAGAGAGAAGGCUGAGACUGAGGAGCAGAAAUUGGAGAGGAACGCUACACCAAGGUGUGACUCGCAAUCGUCCCUAUCUGUUUCAAGUCCCCCUACCUCUCCAACUCAUCUCUCUCAUGAUGAUUUGGAUGAAUCAGGGGAUUCUUCCAUGUUACCAUCCACUACAGAAGGCAAAGAAAUACCUCUGUCAGGGAAUGAACAGGUUGUUUUAAGUACCAAAGGUGGCAAAGAGAACAUGAUGACAGCCUCAAGUUCCAUCUCUACUGCUGAUGAUGAGGAAUGGUCCAUUGAUAAUAAUGAACAGUUGCAGGAGCAAGAAGAAUAUGAUGAGGAUGAAGAGGGCUACCAUGAAGAAGAUGAAGUUCAUGAAGCAGAUGAGCAUAUUAACCUGACCAAGGAGUUGGAGGAUAUGCAUUUAGGAGAGAAAGGCUCUCCCCACACGGUAGACAACUUGGUCUUGGGCUUGGAUGAGGGUGUUGAAGUUAGAAUGCCAAGUGAUGAGUUUGAGAGAAGUUCAGGAAAUGAAGAAAGCACAUUUAUGCUACCAAAGGUUUCUCUUGGUACUGUAGAGGAACAAGGUGCUUUUGGUGGGAUACAUGAAGGACAAAGCCCUCAACUUACUGAUGGUUCUCCUCAAGUGAGCAUUGAUGGUUCUGGCAGGAGGGGCGAGGACGCAGGAAAGGCAAUCCAAGAUUUAGUCAUACAGCCGGUUAAUGGUCCUCAUACCUUGGUGGCAUCUGAUGUUUUGAAUUCUGUGGAUGCUUCUAUUAGUUCUAGUCAGACUUCACUGCAUCCUGCUCCCUCUUCUGUUAAUGUGGCCAUGCAUUCCUCAUCUGGGAAGGCUGUUACGUCUACUGUAUCUGCUGCUCCAGGUCAGGCUGAGUUGCCUGUUAAGCUCCAGUUUGGGUUGUUCUCUGGUCCUUCUCUGAUACCAUCUCCAGUCCCUGCAAUACAGAUUGGCUCCAUACAGAUGCCUCUCCAUCUACAUCCCCAAGUUGGUCCAUCACUUACCCAUAUACACCCAUCACAGCCUCCUCUCUUCCAGUUUGGUCAACUCAGGUAUACAUCACCUAUCUCCCAGGGAAUUCUACCACUGGCUCCUCAAUCAAUGUCUUUUGUUCAGCCCAAUGUCCCUGCCCAUUUUACUGCCAAUCAGAAUCCUGGAGGUUCUAUUCCUGUUCAAGCCAUUCAAAACACUAAGAUUGACAUAGUGUCCCUUCCAAUGGAUAGUCAACUUGGUCUUGUUCCAAGGAACUUGGAUCUGCCACAGGACAAUGCAUCAAAAGAAGUAAAGUCAUUGCCCCUGAGAGUAAGUGCAGACUGUAAUGUUAUGACAAGUCAUGCCCAAGCUGAUAUGUCCCAUAUUGUUGAAAACAGUAGUAGGUAUGAAUUAGGACUCCAGGUGACAGAUCAAGGGCACCAUGAAACAGUUAAAAAAAACUACAUUUCCUUGUCCAAUGCCAGAGAAUCUGAAGGCCUGCCACAAAAUGGAUCCACAUCAUCCCAAUCUUUUUCAAGGGAGAGAGAUUUAAGUGGGUCAAAGGCUCAGGGCCCAAUAUCUGCUGGCAAAGGCAGAAAAUAUAUGUUUACAGUUAAGAAUUCUGGGCCAAGAUCAUCAUUUCCAGUUCCUGAGUCUUCUCGGGCAGAUUCUGGUGGAUUUCAGAGGAAACCUCGACGUAUCCAGCGCACUGAGUUUCGAGUACGUGAAAAUCCUGAUAGGAGGCAAUCAUCAGGCAUGGUUUCAUCUAACCACUCUGGCUUAGAUGAUAAGUCAAAUAUCAGUGGAAGGGGUGCAGGAAUAUCUUCAAGGACUGGGUCUAAGAAGGGAGCUGUGUUGAAUAAACCAUUGAAACACACCUUUGAAUCUGAGAGCUCAGGUCCUAUUAUUUCGCGUGAAGUUGAUCCUGUAGGUAGGGCUGAGAAAGGAAUUGGAAAAGAAGCUUUAACUAAGAAUCAGAGUUCAUCACGUUCUGGAGAGGGGAACUUGAAAAGGAGCAACAUUUGUGCUGGAGAAGAUGUCGAUGCUCCUUUACAAAGUGGCAUUGUCCGUGUUUUUGAACAACCUGGCAUAGAAGCACCUAGUGAUGAAGAUGACUUCAUUGAGGUGAGAUCAAAGAGACAAAUGCUCAAUGAUCGGCGUGAGCAGAGAGAAAAAGAAAUCAAGGCGAAGUCUAGGGUUGCCAAGAUGCCACGGAAGCCUCGGUCUACUUCACAGAGUGCUGUUGUGUCAACCAACUCAAAUAAAAUUUCUGCACCAUUGGGUGGAGAAGCUACAAACAACAUUCAUUCUGAUUUUGCUGUUGCAGAGGGUCGGGCAAACAGUGAAGUAUCAACAGGAUUUAGCAGCAAUAUAAUAUCCCAACCCUUGGCUCCAAUUGGUACUCCAACAGUGAAUACUGAUUCCCAGGCUGAUAUAAGAUCCCAACCUAUUAAGUCCCUCCAGACAAGCUCCCUCCCUGUUAUAUCCAGUGGUGGAAAAAAUAUUGGGCCUAGUUUGAUAUUUGAUACCAAGAAUACAGUUCUGGAUAAUGUCCCAACAUCUCUGGGUUCUUGGGGUAAUGGACGGCUUAAUAAACAGGUUAUGGCCCUAACACAGACCCAACUUGAUGAGGCUAUGAAGCCUCCCCGAUUUGACACACAUGUUACUUCUAUUGGAGAUCAUACUACCUCAGUUAGUGAGCCAAGCAUGCCAUCAUCAUCCAUCUUGACAAAGGACAAAACAUUUUCUUCUGCAGUAAGCCCAAUCAAUUCCCUUCUUGCAGGGGAGAAAAUUCAAUUUGGGGCAGUCACUUCUCCUACAAUUCUCCCCCCUAGCAGCCAUGCCAUUUCACAUGGCAUUGGUGCUCCAGGUUCAUGCAGGUCAGACAUUCAGAUUGCUCAUGAUCUUUCUUCAGCUGAGAAUGAUUGCGGUCUCUUUUUCAAGAAAGAGAAGCACACGGAUGAAUCUUGCAUUCAUUUAGAAGAUUGUGAGGCUGAAGCUGAAGCGGCUGCUUCAGCCAUUGCUGUGGCAGCCAUUAGUAAUGAUGAAAUUGUUGGGAAUGGGCUGGGUGCAUGUUCUGUCUCUGUUACCGAUUCCAAAGGUUUUGGAGUUCCAGAUCUUGAUGGGACAGCUGGAGGCGGUGUGGCUGGUGAUCAACAAUUAUCAAGUCAAUCAAGGGCUGAAGAGUCUCUUAGUGUAGCUCUUCCAGCUGAUCUUUCUGUUGAUACCCCGCCAAUCUCCUUGUGGCCGGCUUUACCAAGUCCCCAGAAUACUUCAAGCCAGAUGCUUUCACAUUUCCCUGGAGGCCAGCCUUCUCCAUUUCCUGUUUUCGAGAUGAACCCCAUGAUGGGCAGUCCUAUCUUUGCUUUUGGACCACAUGAUGAAUCUGUUGGUACCCAAUCACAGACCCAGAAAAGUAGUGCAUCAGGUUCAGGGCCACUCGGGGCCUGGCCACAGUGCCAUUCUGGUGUGGACUCAUUCUAUGGUCCUCCAGCAGGGUUCACGGGUCCUUUCAUCAGUCCGCCAGGGGGUAUUCCAGGGGUUCAAGGUCCACCACAUAUGGUUGUCUAUAACCAUUUUGCUCCAGUUGGACAAUUUGGACAAGUUGGCUUGAGUUUCAUGGGUACAACCUAUAUCCCAUCUGGAAAGCAGCCUGAUUGGAAGCACAACCCUACAUCUUCUGCUAUGGGGAUAGGUGAUGGGGACAUGAACAAUUUGAAUAUGGUUUCUGCAAUGCGCAAUCCACCUAAUAUGCCUGCUCCCAUCCAGCAUCUUGCCCCUGGGUCGCCACUUCUGCCCAUGGCAUCUCCUUUGGCCAUGUUUGAUGUCUCUCCUUUCCAGUCCUCUCCUGACAUGCCAAUGCAAGCUCGAUGGUCCCAUGUUCCUGCAUCACCUCUUCACUCUGUUCCUCUCUCGCUGCCAUUACAGCAACAAGCUGAUGCUGCGCUGCCUUCUCAAUUCAACCAAGUGCCUACCAUCGACCACUCAUUAACAGCCAGCAGGUUCCCUGAGUCGAGAACUUCGACACCCUCUGAUGGUGCCCAUAGCUUUCCUGUGGCAACAGAUGCGACUGUUACCCAAUUACCUGAUGAACUAGGGUUAGUAGACCCAUCGAUCUCCACUUGUGGUGGAGCAUCAACCCCAAGUAUUGCCACUAAGAGCACAUUGGGAAGCACAAUAGCCGAUACUGUUAAGACUGAUGCUGUCAAGAACGGCAGUAGCAGCCAGACCGCAAGUUCUGGUUUAAAGUCUCAAUCAUCUCAGCAGAAGAAUUUAUCUGGGCAGCAGUACAAUCAUUCUACCGGGUAUAAUUAUCAGAGAGGUGUGGUUUCUCAGAAGAACGGUUCAGGAGGUGAAUGGUCCCACCGCAGAAUGGGUUUCCAAGGAAGGAACCAGACCAUGGGUGUAGACAAGAACUUCCCCAGCUCAAAGAUGAAGCAAAUUUAUGUGGCUAAACAACCCACGAGCGGGACAUCAACUGGAGUGUGAGAAUCAUAGAAAGUGCUGCUGCUUGAUUUCUAAAAUAAAAGGUAUCGAGAUCUCUCUGGAAAGUUGAAUAUUUUGGUCAUUUUUGGUAGCAUCAACCCCGUUGGUGGAUGUGAGGAGUGUUGAGAUUUGGUUUUCCUUUGUUGACCAUUAUGUUAGGUAGGUAGUGCUGGUUUUUAUAAUGAAGGUUUCUGAACUGGGUUGGGAGAGGUUCUGAACACUUCUAUGGGAGUGUCUAGUGAGAGGAAGGAAUGGGUUUAGUAUAUGGUGGGGAUGAGCAUGGGCAUGGGCAUGGGCUGUAGAAGACGCAAUGAGAUUUUUUAAGUGUGCAAUAGUCAGUGUAGUCCAUUGCCUUUUAUGUGUUCUUUUUUGUCGGCUGCAGAUCAAAUUAUUGUUUCCCUUGGGAUUGAUGUAUUAAAAUUAUUAUACAGUCUCAGCUGAUAAUUUUCCCUGUUACUAAUAUGAGAAAUCUGGAGUAUGCGUCUCUCCGCCUUUUCUU